ACCGCUACGAGAGCAUUUAUAAACCGCUGGCGGGAAGUUUCGAAGCUCAGAGAGCGUAAUCCAGGGAGCUAACUGAUUUGUCAGCUAAUAUUAGAGAUUUAGCCUGUCAAUUACUCAUCAAAAAUUCUGCGGCUUGGCAUAAUGUCUCGCGUACUGAACUGUAUGGUUGCAGUUUGUCCUGAUAUGGGCAUCGGCAAAAAUGGCAAUCUCCCAUGGCAUCCAAUAAGGUUAAGUAAUGAAUUCAAGCAUUUCCAAAGGAUGACAAUGACUCCCACAGUUGAAGGCAAGAAGAAUGUUGUCAUCAUGGGCAGAAAAACGUGGUUCUCUAUUCCAGCCCAGAAUAGACCUCUUAAGAACAGGAUCAAUGUUGUUCUCAGCAGAGAGCUGAAGCAGCCUCCACCAGGAGCUCACUAUUUGGCGUCUGACUUUAGUGAAGCCCUUUGUCUUCUGGACACAGAAGACCUAGCAAAAGAGGUGGACCAGGUUUGGAUUAUUGGGGGCAGUUCACUGUACAGAGAAACGAUGGAAAACUCGGGCAAAAGACGGCUGUUUGUGACACGGAUCUUACAGCAAUUUGACAGCGACACGUUCAUCCCCAACAUCGACAUGUCCAAGUACAACCUUUUGUCCGAGUUUCCAGGGGUUCCGGAAGGUCUUCAGGAGGAGAAUGGUGUAAAGUACAGAUUUGAGGUCUACGAGAGCACUGACCACUGACCAGUGUCCCCUCAACAAUCCCUCAAGACAUCCUUAAACAAGCUCUCAAACUGAUACAGAAUCACAAAUUUUGCAAUUACAAUUGUUUUUUUCUUUCGUUUGUUUGUUGCCUUUCAGUGGAUGCACUCGGUACAGCAGAAAUAGUAUGGGGUAUCACACCAUAGGGUAGCCCAGCUAUGUCAUUGUGUAGCAUGAGAGCAGGAAAUCCCAUACGAUCUGUGUUGUACCUCAGUGUUUAUAUACAUAACCUUAUGUUUUUGUUUGUUUCGGACAAUUAAAAAAUAUCUGCUUUUUCUGGAGCAGCAUAAUUAGGAAUCACAUAAAAAUGAUACCACAAGGAAGAUGUGACUAAAUGUGUUAAUCAGAUCUUCAUUGGUACUUUUGUAAGGCACUGUAGAGGAUCAAUACAUCCAUCCAUUCGUGAUAAACAAUGUAGCUAUUUUUAAGUUGAUGCUUUUACAUACCUUGUUUACUUGAGUGGCCACAGUAAUAAUGUCUACUGAAAGAAUGACGAAUACAUUUAACCAUAAUAUUGAAUCACUUCAGAAUGAUUCCAUAUUGUCAGGUUCUGUUUUUGGAACGCAAUAAAUAUGUCUGCCUUCUGUGGUUAUUUGAAUAAUGUUGUCAUUUUUGGUGUACUAUCAAUGUAGUUCUUUAGGUAUCUUAAUGUUGGUCCAUUUUGUUUGUUUGGACUUAAUCUUAAUGUCUUCUGACAACAGCAUGGUACAAUGUCACACAGUCCUUUUGUUUUGGGAUGACUACCCACUUCUUGUCACUCAGCCCAAUUAAUAUGCAUGUGUUUCAUGUGAAGAGACUAGCAAUUACCAGCAAAGGCUUUGUU